CAUCUGUGAUUUCUCGUAACUAUGGCCACCAGCAGAACGCUCACAAAGGCGAGACCGCCAAAAGCAGCGGCGAAAGCUGCACCAAAAGCGAAGCAACGACCGUCCCGCGUGUCUAUUCUCCCGCCUAUCAAGCUGAAGCCCGACUCUAAAUGGGGUCGGACGCGCUUGGUGGCGCGCGCCGGUGUGCGUUUGAAUCGUUUACAGCGAGUUGCUGCUGGGGCUUACUUGCUGAAGAGACCGGAGGGCGAGAGGAUGGUUUUGUAUGUUUAUAGUAACGUUACUGAUCUUGUGCAAGUGCUUGAGGAUCGCCAGCUGCCGUUGGAUUUGGUGGAAGUCACUCCAGGAGGGUCAAUUACUGAAAUGCUGGAGUCUGCUGAGUAUGUUCUAUCGGAUGUCGACUUGAUUGCACAGUUUGUAUUUAAAAUGAAAAAAUUAAAAUGGCUCCAUCUAACUUCACCAGUUGCUAAACAAGUCAUUGUGGAGUGGGAGAAUAGGAAGUGCAAUCAUUCACAAGAAUAUGUUCAGCAAAAAUCUGAAAUCGAGGAAGAGAUUCAUCGGAUUGAAGAAGAACUCAGUCAGCUGCAGAUUCAAUAUCGAGAAACGAUGGCUCAGACACCACCAAGCAUCGAGGCUGCAAGAAAGGCAGUCCAAUCACUUACUGAAAGGUUUAUCAAAGAUAUCAACAUGACUCUUUUAGAUCCUCAUGAGUCGGUUCGUCAGUGUCUUGAAGCAAUUGUAAUUAUUUUAAAAAAGAAGACCCACCUGUACAGCGAGAAGCAACCAUCUGUUAGUCAUGGCUAUGGCAUUUCAUGGAAUGAAAUUUGCAAGAUGACAAGACGAAGUGACUUUAACAAACUGCUGCUAAACUUUGACAGUUUUACUGAAAUCAACAAACAAUUUCUUCAAUCGGUUCGUGAAAUUCACAUGAAGAAAUUGAAACGUCGAACAUAUCAGAUACAGUUGCAUGCUAGUCCAGCAAGUGAAAUGUUGUAUCAUUGGUUGGAUAUCGUUGUUCGUUUUUCCUCACUGAUGGUAAUGAGGGAGCCUCUUCCUACACAGAUACAGCAAGCAUUAGCACGUCUGAGUGAGGCACGAAAAUGGAGAGAACAGUUGGAAGAUGAAGCUCAUGGUGUGUCCCGACCUAGAUUUUUGGUCACACGAACUGGUGGGUUCUUUGCAACAUUGGUUGGAGAAUAUGUGUUGUCGCAUAUUUUCACCAGAGAGAGAGCUGUGCAAGCAGAGAAAGGAAAGUCUGCAGAUAGCUUUCGGAGUUUGAGCUCACUGACUGUGGGAAUACUUGGACUUGGAGAAGCAGGCCAGGAAGUUGCUCGAGUCUGCAGUGUGUUUGGCAUCAACGUAUGGACUCUUGUUCGACAACUUCCUGAACCUAGUCAAGCUAUCCCUCUAAUUGACCGCUAUGUGACUGUCACACAACUGUCUGCUCUACUCACAGAGUGCGACUAUAUUGUCAAUUUGUUGCCGAGCACAAGGUCGACUGUUGAUCUGUUGAGUGGAACGAUUCUUUCCAACUGCAAAGCACAAGCUGUUCUUCUUAAUUUUGGAAGUGCUGAUAUCACGAAUCCUGAAACAUUGAGAGUAUGCAUGUCAGGCAACUGGCUGAGUGAGGUUGUGUAUGAUAGCACUACCACUGGAUUGAAGGAAGACGAUGCAAUUGGUCAAAUUUCUGGUGUGUCUGUCGUCAGACAUAUUGACUUAUUGCAGCAUGCAGAGGGCAUCAGUGAGUCAUUUGGCAGUAUCGUUGAAGAGUGUUAUUCGGAAAGUGUAGCCCGGCCAGAUCGUGUGAUAAAAUUUAACAGAGGAUAUUAAACUAAUUGUUUAAACAUGUUUGCCGUUUUCAUUUAGGUUUUUCAUGUUGCUAUGACUACAGGUUUACAUAAUUAUUAACGAACAUAUUUUUUUAUGAUAAUGAAUUUGCUGUUUUAUGAACUCGAGUUGAAAAGUGUAAGUCUUGACUCUAAGUAUAUGCUUGGUGUCAAACUCUUGACUACUGUGGUUCACUGGCUGUGCAACAAUCAGUUGACCAAAGAUUUCUAAUUGUCAGGCUAACAUGAUGACAAGCAAACG